UCUAACUGGUCGCUCUUCGUCUCACUCAUCCUGAUGUCCUCGUCUGGGAUAGGGGCUGAGGAGUCCGAUCCGAAGAUUCAGCCCAGGAUCUACAAUGGUAAAUCUACAGCAAAUGGCAUUAUCGGUGGAUUUGGCGUUCAGAUCUUCUACAAAACCAAACUCGUCUGCACGGGAACUCUGCUAACCACACGACACCUUAUCACGGCGGCACACUGCUUCGAGAAUAUGGACCAGUCCGAGUUCCAUGUAGUGGCCGGAAUGACCGCCGAAUUUAACGCCAGUUCCCAAUCGAUAAGGAAGAACGGAAUGGUGGAGGUGCGAUUGCAUCCAGCCUUCAAGAAGAAAAAGUUUAUCGCCGACAUUGCCGUGGUCAAGACUCGGUUUCCGCUGAAGGGCCGUAGCAUUGGCUACGCCAAGCUAUGCCAAUAUCCGCUGUAUAACGUCGACACAGUCACUGUGGCCGGCUGGGGCACCGACGGAAAAAGUACGGAACCCGGCGAACGGAACUACCUGCGCACCAUGCGAAUUCCGAUCGUAGAGCAUAAGGAUUGCGAGAAGAAGCUAGAACGCAAGAUGCCUCCGAACGUCCUGUGCGCCGGCGCCUACAACCAUCGGACCCUGUGCUCCGGCGACUCCGGUGGACCUCUCAUAUGGCGGGGUGAGGUGUGUGGCAUUAGUACAUGGACGUGGAAGUGCGGCGACAACCAGAAACCCGACGUCUUCAUGAGCGUUCGCUACUAUGCCAAGUUCAUCAAAAGCACUAUCAAGGAAAUGGGCUAUAACUAAGUUAACAUUUCUCAAUUUCUGACAACCUAAAAUAAUAUAAUAAAUAAUAUCAAAUUGUUAUAAUGGCACAGGAAUAGUGUA